AUGGAAUUCAAGGUCACCGUAACUACAAGGGCUGCAACAAUGGAGAAGUGGAUCUACCGCGUAUCCGAAGAUUUCCUUUGCGACGCCAGCGCAAAGAUCGUUGGUCUUGAUUGCGAGUUCACUGACAAAGUGAAAGGAAUCAAGCAGAAACUUCUUCCAGAGGAUAAACGGCAACAUGCAGCAGUUUUACAGCUAUGUGUUGCCAAUGACAUCAUUCUUUUUCAGAAGAUGAUCAAUAUUCAUAAAUUAGAUCCUGGUGUUAAGAAUAAAAGAAUACCAUCACUCUAUGACCUGUCAAAUGCUGUGUUGGGGACAAAUUUGGAAAAGAAAGUGCUCGUGCUGUGA